AUGUCAUCUUCAAACAUCAAUUACUCAACAUCAAUUAUUGCGACUAUUCUCAAAAACCGAAGCAAACACUUAAACAAAGCAAUGUCACCUUUACCUCACAUUCCAAUCUAUAGCAAUCUUGUUGAAGAUACUUUACCUACGGUCACAACUUUUGAUCAACAAGAUACAGAAGAAGUUUGUCUUGAAGCUUUCCGUUCAGAACCGCUCACACUGCUGCUACAAAAACUCCAACGCGAUGCGCAUAUAAAGUUUUUACAGUUCCAUAUUGGGAAACUCCCUGCUCAAAUGGCGAAGCUGGAUGCUUCUCGUCCAUGGAUUAUUUACUGGGCUUUAAAUGCUCUUUGUGUUUUAGAUGCCGAUGUUUCAGAUUUUGAGGAAGAAGCUGUUGAUACUAUAUUUUCGUGUAUCUCGCCUGAGGGAGGAAUAGGAGGCAACAUUGGUCAGAUUGGUCAUCUGGCACCAACAUAUGCAGGAUUUAAUGUACUUGCUCUUAUGGGAGAUGAAUAUUCUUGGGAUAAAAUUGAUCGCAAGGCCAUGUACGACUGGAUUUUCAAGCUUAAGACGCCAGAAGGCGGGUUCAAGAUGCACAUUAACGGCGAGUGUGAUACUCGAGCAGUUUAUUGCGCAUUAUCGGUCGCUUCUUUACUAAAUAUUCUUACCCCAGAGCUUGUUGAAGGUGUUUCUGGGUUUAUUUCACGGUGCCAAACGUUUGAAGGGGGGUUCAGUGCGUUCCCAGAUGUCGAGGCCCAUGGAGGUUAUGCAUUUUGCGCUCUUGCUGCAUUGUGCUUAAUCAUGCCUCCCAAAGAGGCUGCAAAGCAUUUGAACAUGCCCCGACUACUUAAGUGGCUUUCUUCAAGACAGCAUCAACCAGAGGGUGGUUUUUCUGGCCGCACAAACAAGUUGGUUGAUGGGUGCUAUAACCAUUGGGUUGGCGGUUGCUGGGCCCUUGUGGAAAACAUGAUUGGAUCAAACGAUAGCAUAUGGGAUCGGGAGGCACUACAGAAUUAUACACUUUAUUGUUGCCAAGCACGGGGUGCUGGAGGAUUGCGUGACAAGCCUGGAAAGAGUCCUGAUGCUUAUCAUACCAACUACGUCUUGUGCGGGUUGUCAGGCGCACAGAACAGGUACAUUUAUGAGGAAGAGCAAGCAAAGGAUGCUAAGCUUGGGGAUUAUGCGUUUUUUUGGACGGGAACUCCUAGUACACAACUGACAGUUGCUCAAGGGAACCGAGUUGCAGUGCUGAACCCGAUCCAUGUUCUGCCGGCGGGUCGGGCUGAACGCAUGCGGGCGCACUACCUGGGCAAAUAG